CAUACCCACAUUAUUAUGUAAUAUUUUACAAUUUUUUUAACAAAAUAAAAUCAUUAAAAUAAUAGUGAAAAUGCGCGGGAAUGUAUCAGGUGUUCGUCAUUUCGGAUACGCGUACGAAUUGUGUGUCAAACUAAAGUGAUGUGCGAAGGCUGCCUAUAUUGAUUUUUUAGUGACGUACAGAUGAAAACGUUGUAUGCGGAAUACAGUGUUAUUAUAAGAUUGUGUAGUGCUUAAUAAUUCAGUAAGUUAAUUCGCUAACCAGUGUUUUCUUAUCAAAUUCAAUAAUUCCAUUUGGAUGUUUAGAACAAUUCCUGUGCCUCAACCGGAAAAUGUGUGAAAGUCUGCAUAUUUUUUUUCAUAAUUAAUUAUGUACAGAUCAAAACACUAGUGAAAUAAAUAAACAAAAUUAAAAAUAACCAAUAUUAGGCAUGACCGUCCAUCCAGAAGAAAGAUCGUUUUAAAAAACAAUGACUAUAAAUUUAGUACAGCGCCAUCUGUUGGCGAAAUGACUGAACUACUAUAGUGAAAUAUGAACAGUUUUUAUGUUCGUGAUCGGAUUUGGCGCGAAGUGUGAAGAUGGAAGGUGGAGGGUCUACGGGGACCUCCGAGGUCUACCAAUAUGUUGGACCUUUCAGGCUGGAGAAGACCUUGGGAAAGGGGCAGACAGGUCUCGUGAAAUUGGGCGUGCAUUGCGUGACCGGCAAAAAGGUGGCAAUCAAGAUUAUCAACAGAGAGAAACUCAGCGAGUCUGUGCUCAUGAAGGUGGAAAGAGAAAUAGCAAUUAUGAAGUUGAUAGAACAUCCACACGUUUUGGGACUGUCCGACGUUUACGAGAAUAAGAAAUAUUUAUAUUUAGUAUUAGAGCACGUGAGUGGUGGUGAGUUGUUCGACUAUUUGGUGAAGAAAGGCAGACUCACACCGAAAGAGGCAAGAAGAUUCUUCAGGCAAAUUAUAUCUGCACUCGAUUUCUGUCACAGUCACUCUAUAUGCCACCGUGACCUGAAGCCUGAAAAUUUACUACUGGAUGAGCGGAAUAAUAUAAAAAUAGCAGAUUUCGGCAUGGCAUCACUGCAGCCGGCCGGGUCAUUGCUGGAGACUUCUUGUGGCAGUCCGCAUUACGCUUGCCCAGAAGUUAUUAGGGGAGAGAAAUAUGAUGGUCGGCGAGCCGAUGUUUGGUCCUGUGGGGUGAUUUUAUACGCACUGCUGGUCGGUGCAUUGCCUUUCGAUGAUGAUAAUUUACGUCAAUUACUUGAAAAGGUAAAACGUGGCGUGUUCCAUGUGCCACAUUUUGUACCUCCGGACUGCCAACAGCUGCUGCGAGGAAUGAUCGAAGUUAACCCCGAGAAACGAAUGACGCUGGCAGAAAUCACACGACACCCCUGGGUAACAGCCGGCGGUCGAGGAGAGCUAGAACAAGAGCUCCCGAUGAUGGAGGUGGUUCAGACCAGGGUGCUACCUUCAGCAGAAGCCAUAGACCCUGACGUGUUACAGGCAAUCUGCAGUCUCGGAUGCUUUAAGCAGAGGGAGAAACUUAUACAGGAGUUGUUAAGUCCACACCACAACACAGAGAAGGUGAUCUACUUCCUACUAUUGGAGCGCAAGCGACGGCGGCCGGCGCGAGACGACGAGCCGCGCCCCGCCGCGCCCGCGCUGCCGCCCGACCCGCCGCGCAAGCGACUCGACACCUGCCGGGUAAACGGACAAUCGGCACAUUUCGGUCAAAUCAGCGAGGGUUCGCCGAUAACGCCUCGGAGAUCUCAGUAUAGGUUUGGUCGCAGUAGGUCCGCGUCGGGACGCCGGGGGGAGGGCCGGAGCUCCCCGCAGCUGCCCGCCAGUCCGCCUACGGGACACACUCCACAUCGGGUGUCGUCAUUGGGAGGAACGCCUGCAACCCCCGGAUCUCCUUUGGCGUCGCCGUCAGUUCGUGAGCAUCAUCACCAGAGAGCAAACUCUACUGGACCUACUAUAAGCCUUAAUAUCAGUGGUGAACCCGGCGAGGCGGUGAUCAUAAUAAACGAGUCGCCGCUACUCGGCGCCGGCGUCGCCGUGCGUCCGCACAGCCCCUCGCAGACGCAUCGAGUGAGAGAAAGAUCAUCUCUACCCGGACCACCUAGCACUACGCAAUCGGCCGCGCAACCUUCACUAUUCCCCAAUCUAGGAACUAUAACUAGUGUAGCACCCGGAGCCCCGGGUGCGGUCCCGGGCGGCGCGGCGGCGCCGUGGCGCGUGCGGCUGGCGACGAUCAAGAACUCCUUCCUCGGCUCGCCGCGCUUCCACAGGAGGAAAAUGCAGACAUCAUCAGAAGAGGUCCAUUUAACUCCAGAAUCCUCGCCCGAGCUGACCAAGCGGUCGUGGUUCGGUUCCCUGCUCCUGUCCGCGGAUAAGGAGGAAACCUUCACAGCUCUGGUGAAGGGGAAACCCCUGGCUACCGUCAAAGCUGAUCUUAUACAUGCGUUUUUGAGUAUAGCAGAAUUAUCCCACAGCGUGUUAAGUCCGAUGUCGUUUCGCGUCGAAUACAAGAGAGGAUCAAACGCGCCCGCCAUGUUCCAGAGACACGUGAGAUUUCAGGUUGACAUUUCAACAAUAACGAAGGCGCCAGGAGAGAAUGGAAAGGAGUAUUUAUAUGCUAUCACUUUUACAUUAUUGUCUGGUAAUAUCCGUCGCUUCCGGCGUGUGUGCGAGGUGGUGCAGUCGGCCGUGUGCCGCGCGCCCGGCGCCGGCCGCGCGCCCGCGCUGCACCCGCCCGAGCCCAGGGCCGUGAGGAGGAAUAUACAUCCACAUGCGGCUGGCGAGAUACCCGACAGUCCAGAAACUCCACAUCAACAGUCUGACCACGACAGUGAUUCUUCAGUAUUCGACACUGUGAAGAGCCCGACUAGCCACACUUCUAUAGACCAAUUAGAUCAGAAUGGCACACAUCCACUUGGGUCCAGUUCAUCAGUUACAAGUGGUUCCAGUGGAUACAAACAGGGGGGACGCGGCAGACGCGGCGCCGACCCGGCCUCCGCCUCCCUCGACCACGAGAUUAUGAGUUGCGGCCGAGAUCUGCCAGGCACCCACACAAAGCGUUCCUCCUCCGAGUGUAGGGAGGCAACCUCCUCCCCCCGCCGGGGCCUCGAGUCUCGCGACAGCUCGAUCAAGGACGAACUCCGACGUAACAACUCCUUGCGUGACAAUCGUCGCGAUGUUGCACCUCCUACCACUUCGAUGGCGUGAGAGUAAACUGUUUAAACUCUGGAGGUAUGUGGUGGGGGACUCUGAGGACUAAAGUUGGGGAUUUUGGGGGAUUAAAAGUCUGGCAGUUGAGGACAAUGUAUUUUUGUGUAAUUUGAAGGUGAAAUUGAGGUAAGUUUUUAGCUUGUUUUAACAAAAUUUUUGAUAAAAAAGUAACCCCAUUUUUAUACCUUUUAAAAUUGAUAUUAAUUUAAUUUAAAAAAUACUAAUUUUGCUAAUAUUGAGCUGAAUAACUACGUAAUGAAGUCAAAAUGUUCGAGUUUAAAUUCAAGUUAGUUCCUGCUUGCCAAAAAGUUAGUAUUUUAGAUUUUUUCUAGUAAAACUUCUUCCUAUCACUUUUAGUCUUAGUGUCCCCAUCACAUACUUUCGAUCUAGCUUACAAAAAUGUAUGUAAAAGUAUACAGAAUUGGUCGUUUUAUCUUCAAAAUUGAGUUUGACGAAUUUUUUUGACGAUUUUUUUUGAUUUCAAUAGACUGGAUUAAAAAAAAUGCACUUGUUUUUUUUGCUGUAUUUUCAAUAGUUGAGAACUGUUUUUUUUUUAAUUAAUUGAGUAAACUUAUUGAGUGCUUCCAAUACAGUAUUGAAUAAUUAUGUACCUACGUAAUACAAGUAAACAUUUUUUUUAAUGUUAAUAACACAUUAUUCACAUCUCUACACAUUUUUGUAUGUCUAAAUUUUCACCGCUUACUAUAAAAUAAAUAAUAAAAAAAAAACAUAAUAUCAUUUGCUAUACGUCUGUAAAAUUGAUCGUCAAAUUUAAUUUUGAAGCAAUUUUAUGUACAGUCAACUAAAAAAAAUAAUUGUGAGAUAGUGAGUGACGUUGGAUGUGUUCUGUCUUCAGUGAUCAUUAAAACUACCUUUUAUUAUAAUAUAUAAAAAAUACUGAAAAAACUUAGUACAUAUUUACUUUAUUUUUAACCGACUUUCUUCGAAAAGGGUUGUAUUUUUAUUCUAACGCCACUGUCUUGAAAAAUUAAAAUAUUUUUUUUUACAAAAAAAAAAACACCCAUUUUAUUAGUUGUAAUAUUUUUUCUCUGAAAACAGAACACAUAAAGGAAAGCUGCACAAAGUUGGAAUAAGACUAGAAAACUACAUGUUUUUGGAAACGACUGUAGGUACUUCCAAAUUUUAAUAAAAAAAAAACAUUAUAGAUGACACGAAAGCUUCCUAAUUGUCACUAUUUUAGCAAAAAAAAACUUUCGAAAAAUACACAUUUUUCGUACUCUUGAAAUGUGAAAUAACAAAUAUGGUGUUUUGAAAAUAUAUUUCGUUUUUUUGUACAUUUAUGUACUUAUGUAUAAUAUAAAUAUUUAGAUUUUUAUUAUAAGUAAGAGUUGCGAUGAGUGAAUGCUAUUAAAAAUCCUUUUUUAAUUUUAUUGUGAUAUAAUAACGUUGAACGGAAAAUAUUUUCAAAAACACCAUUAAAGUCUGUCAAAAUAAUGAAAACAUUUUGAUAUUUUGAAAUGUAAUUGACCGACUAAAGUUUGACGUAUGAAUGAAAAAAAAACAGAGUGUAACAAAAAUCCAAAAAAAUAAAUUGAAAAAAAUAAUCUGUUAAAAUAUUAUUUGUAAAUGGAUUUUGUUACAACUGUAAAAAAACGCGAAUCGUUGAGAAAAGUAGCAAAAUCAGUUUUUGUAAGUAUACAUACAUACAUACAAUAUAGCUGUAUUUAGUAAGCUUAAAAGUAUGUGUUAAUUUUAAUUAAAAUAAAUAAAAAAAAACUUAUAUAAAAAUAAUGAAACCGGCCAUGUACUUUUAAAAUGUUAAAAAGCGCUACCCCCGUGUACUGAAAUUAUGCUAAAUUAGUUUAAGGCCUGAGAUUGCUGUAUUUUUGCAAAAAAAAGUAUAUAUGUAUAUGUUUAACCUUACCUACUGCCAUAGACAAUGCUUACACUAUAGAAAUAGUAUCUAUAGACUUGCACCUUUAUGUAUAUCGCCCAGUAGUUUUUUUUCAAUUCGUAUUUUUUUAGCUUUUUUUUUAUUUUUUUAUUAAAAAUAUUAAAUAGAAACUUUGAUAUUAUUUUCUCUUAUUAAAUGUAUUAAAAAUAUUAUAUUUGUUUUAGAAAUGGGCGAUAUAGUAGAUGAUUUAAAUCUAAAACAACGUCUUACUACCUAUAUAAAAUUAUAAAAAGCUGUGUUCAUUGUCAGUAAACACUAAAUCGUGCAAAAUAUUGUAUCUAUAAUCUGAUUGAACUUUUCAAAUAGUCUAGAAGCCAAGUUUAUUUUUGUAAAUGUCCAUAAAAAUGUGUUUUUGUCAAGUAGUUUAGGAGUCUAAGCUAUAACUCCAUCCAAAUACAAGUAAAAAUAGAAAAAAAAAACUCAAAAAAUGUAAUAGAAUUAAAAUAAAUUGUCAAUUUUAACCCGUUUGAUGUAGCUGCGGAAACAAACGAUAUUUUGCACGUUAAACUCCUAUACGUAUAAAAAAUAAUAUAUAAAAACAUAUAUACUUAUGUAUAAAUACAUAUAAAUAAGUAACAUUUGCUUUUUCGUUUGUAUAUUAUUGUUCAUAUUUCGUUUUUCUUGUAAAUACUGUAAAAUGAGUCAUUUUGUUUUUUUUUUUACAUUUGAAAGAUGUCAAAUAUUUUUCAGUUAUUUUUUGAAAGUAGUAUAAUUGUGUGAUUCUAAAAAAAUAAUAAUACGCACAGUAAAUGAUGUAGAAAUCAGGCAAUUGAACCCCUAGUCAUCGCUUAGAGAAAGUAAAAUUUUGCGAAAAUGAUUUUUAAAAUAUGCAUAGAGACCACAUACGUUGGAACAACAUAACAAAACAGAUUGAAUCUUUAUUAUUUUAUCUGUUUUUAACGUCAUGUUUAUUCUAAAGAGUAUUUCUACCUUCGCUCUAAGUAUAUUUUAUUUUUUAUUACGUUUCUAACAAAAAAUAUUCACCCCAAAAUUAUGGUUCCUGGUAAAAUAUGUCAUCACAAAUCAUUUUUUUUUUGGAUUUCAUCUAAUACGCAUGUUUUUAUAUUUUUUUUUUAUUGUGAUAUAUCAUAAUUAAAAUAAAACAGCUUUAUAAUCGUACAUUCCCUGAUAUUGUAUGUAGGUAGGUAAUUUGUAUAGUAUAUUAUAUACGUCAAGUGCUUUUGUAUAAAAAUGUUUUGAAUAACGCCUUUUGUCGCGUUUUGCGUCAAAAACAACGGUUAAAAUAGCAUUUUCAAUUAUAAGAAAAAAAAUUAUCUUUUUUUGUAUUUUUUCUUUUUUUAUAAUUUUUUUACUUAAAAUUGUGAAUGCUAUUUAUUUUGCCAUGUUCGAUAUUAUUGCUUCGAUGAUAGUAACAUUAAAUUUUCUAGUCAUGGUGUGACUUUAGUCCCAUUUAGUAUAAUUCCCCAUUAUUUGUUAAUUUUAUGGGCAAUGGUAAAAUUCAUGUAAUGUCGUUAGAGCUCCGAAACUACUGAAUUGAAAAAUUCUUCCACUGUUGGAAAGUUAUACUCUUCCUGAGUAACAUAGGCUAUAUUUUAUCCCGGUACGGGCAGUAGUUCCUACGGGACGCGAUCGAAACUGUAGGAAAAUUACUAGUAUUAAUAUCAUUCGCGGUUUUCAUUAUUUUUUGCAGUUCUUAAAGUUUUAUACUAUAUGAAUUUUACCAUUGUCUAUAAUUAGUUUAUCCUAAGGUGCUUAUUUUGUUAAUAAGCCGCUCAAAAAAUAUUUUUUCACAAUUUGACCAACAUAAAAAAAUAUUUUUAAGUGGCCAAUACGUGGUUAUGUCCUUUUAAUACAAUGAGUUUUCAUGUUCCCAUUGAUAUUUUUUGUUUGUUUUUGGUGUUAUAAUAAUUAUUAUUCGUAGACAUUUAAUGAAAAAAAAAACUUGCUGACAAAUAUCUGUUUUUAUAGGAUUUUUUUCUGAAAAAAUAUUGGUUAUAUGUAUAUCCUUCUUAACAUCUGACCUGAUUUUUACAUAUCAUUAAAAAAACUUAAUUUUCAUGACAAUCUUUGAAACUACAUAUUUCCUUCAAAAUUUUCAAUGUCCAAUGAAUUUGCAAUCGAGUCUCCUUCAAUGAACGAAUGAAUGAAUGACCCGAGUUAUCGUUCAUUCAAUUCCUAAAGAAUGAAUGAUUGUUUAGCAAAAAAAUAAAUGUGCAAAAUAUUUUUUACGCAAAACGGCUUCUUUAUUCAUAAUAAAUGUACGCAUCGUUAAAAAUAUAAAAUUAUAUUUUAACAUUGAAAAGCGAACAUAAUUUUGCACGAAAAAUACCGCAAAAUAUAUCAUCAUAUAUAAUAAAUAAAAAAGUAUAUAUACAUAUAUAUAAAAAUCCGAUAUAAUUUGUGUGUUUGUGUAACUCUGUAAAAUACUUAAUAAUUAAUAUAUUUAUGAAAAAAAUAUAUUCUUCUCUGGUCUUGGCGCGGGAUUUUUGUAAUGUUCGAGAGAAUUCCGUAAUGCUUUAAGACCAAGCUCGAUACUGUACAUUUUAGAAGAAAUAUAUACUUACGCUACGCUAUAUCCAUACUGUAACUUGCUUAAGAAACUUAUUGGUUAACAUUGAACAAAAUAAUACAUUGAAAAAUAUA